GGGCUUUACAGCACAGGAACAGCGGCGAACGGCGGGUAAACGUCGCUUUACACGCUUUUGAAGCCAUAUUUAUAUGGCGAUUUAUUUGAUUUAGAAUUUUUAAAGCUACGCUUGCUGGCAAAAGACUGCCAUUAAGGAUAAACCGGUGCGUUAACUACGAGGGAAGAGCACACCACGGUCUGUUCAGCGACAGUAAAUGAGAGGUGUGCCCCAAACCCGAGGUUUCUCUAGAUGCCAAGAAGUUGCCUUCAUUAACAAGUCCGGGCUGUGACGUUUCACUAUCAGUCGGCCCUUGAGACAACUUCCCAUGAUAAACUCACAGGCAUAACAAGUCAUCACCCACGCUGACACUCUGCCAUGAUGGCAGAAGGGGGCCAGGAGGAGGCAGAGGACAUGUAUGUGGAGCACCAGUACAUGUGCAGCGAGUGCCAGCAGCUCUUCGGCACCCUGGAGGAGGUUCUGAUCCACCAGCAGAUCCACACGGCCCAGGAAAACGAUGCUGAGGCCGCAGGCUUCGGCCAGGGUCAGCACUACCAGUGUCUGGAGUGUGGGAGCCUCCUUGUGAAUGCAGAGGAGCUGCUGCAGCACCAGGAGAUGCACAUGAGAGAGGCUGGGAUGGAGGUCGAGCAACAAGAGGUGUGCGAGGUUCAGGAGUUGGAGCAGGCCAGCUCAGAGGCGCAGGGACCCGUUCAGUACCAGUGCCUCGACUGCCUGGCUCUGUUCGACUCCCCCGAUACCUGGCUGGAGCACCGGCGAACACACAGCAGGAGCAGCACACACAGCAACACACAGGCGUCCAACGAGUACGUGCUGCAGGCGGACGGCUCCAUCACUCCUCUCAACAACAUGCAGAACUUUGUGCUGAGUGAGCAGCAGGCCGGAGAGAUCCUGGCACAGGUACUUUCCCACCAGCAGCAGCAGAAGAAGACUCGUAGAUCUUCCUCCAAACCUGCUGGCUCCACCCGCUCCUACCUGCUGCCCCCUGUGACCCCGGCUCCUGGUUCCGCCACCAUGCACCUGCAGAUCCUCACCGCUCAAGCUCUGGCAGACGGCUCCACCGUCCCGAGCCAGCACCGCUCCAAGCAGCCGACGCUGCUGUCUGCUCUGGGUCAGAGUUCCUCAGCGAAGCUGGAGGUCCUGGAGAACGGCAUUCAGAGACUGGAGUUCAGGCUGGCGCCUGGCGCUGGCCAGCAGCAGCAGCAAUCAGCCGAGCUGGUGGUGAUCCACCCUUACGAGUGCUCAGAGUGCGCCCUUCUCUUCCAUACUCCAGAGGACUUCCUCCAGCACCAGGGGGAGCACUUCCUGGGCCAGGACAAGGAGACUGGAGGGCCGGGUGUCAUGAGUGGCCUCGAGGAGAUGCGAGGAAGCGAAGAGGCUCUGCUGAAGUCGCAGGAUCUGAGGAGCAGAGCAGCAGAGAUGAAGGCGUUGGGUUUGGCCAAACAUCUACGCUGUGAGCUCUGCGACCGUGCCUUCACCUCCAUCAACCGGCUUGCUGCUCACAAGCGUGUUCACGAGGAGGGAACGCACGAGUGUCCGGAGUGCGGGAAGAUCUUCAAGAAAGCGCUGUCGCUGCAGACGCACAUAGGCACUCAUUCAGGCGUUGCACGGCAUCUGUGUGUGGACUGUGGGAAUGGCUUCACUACUGAGAUGACGCUCAUCAUGCACAGAAAGGUACAUGUUGCAGAUCCAUUCCACAGGUGUCAGAUCUGCAACAAAACCUUCACCAACAUGACGAAAUACCUCUACCAUCGUCGGACCCACCUCGACCAGGAACCAUCAGGAACAGCCACUCACAUCUUUGUGGCUUCACCUCCACAAAGAGCAUCUGCCUCCGCUCUCGCUAUCCUACAGAGAGCAAGAGAGAAGAAGAAACCUCAGAUAGAUGAAGCGGCAAUCAAUGAGCAGGCUCCGCUCACAGAAGAAGAGAUGGAGCAACUGAGGAAUCCACAGUCCGAGUCUCCGAGGACUCUGGAUGCUGAAGAAGCGACAGAGAAGAAGGACGACGUCGAAAUGGAAGCAGCUCAUGAGCACCAGCAGGUCAUGACGAAAGAUGUCGCAAUUCCCGGUUCCGUCGACGAGGCCGCGUCAGGAAACGCCGCCUCGUCGUCAAGCAAAGGGCCGUUUAGUUGUCGUUCGUGUUCGAAGACGUUUCCCUCCCAGCUGCUGCUCGCUCACCACCGCAGCAAGUCCCACACUCCUCAGCGCAGGUUUGUGUGCGGCGUAUGCGGGAAGUUCUUCAAGAAGCAGAUCCACGCGCAGAACCACAUGCGCAUACACACGGGCGAGAAGCCCUUCCAGUGUUCAGACUGCGGUAAAACUUUCUCCCUGCUGGCCAAUCUGAUGCGCCACACACUCAUCCACUCUGGAGUUCGCCCGUACCGCUGCGACGUGUGUUACCGCUCCUUCUCCCAGUCGUCCAACCUGCGUCAGCACAGCCUGCUGCACUCCAGCGCGCCGAAGCUUGCCUGCCCCGAAUGCCCCGCCACAUUUCGCUGGCCCAACAAGCUGGCGGCGCACCGCUUCACUCAACACCCCGGAGCUCCGGCUCCUUUUCCCUGUCCUCAAUGUGAAGCGGGCUUCCUGACCAAGAGUCAGCGGGAAAGUCACUGUGCGGAGCAGCACCCGACACUGGUCCAAAACCCGUCGGAACCAUCCACGUCAACAACGGUGAUCGAAUCAUCAGGGGAUUUAACCAGCGGUGGUAAAGGAGCCUUAGAUUGUAAUAUUUGUGGGAGGAAGCUUAACUCUCCUUCCAACCUGCGGCUUCACAGACUGAGCCACUUCUCCCUGGGCCGAGGACGGCCGCAGCGCAGCGCCGGGAAGCGACCCAAAGCUCACCAGUGUCCCAUCUGUUGCAAACUGUUCGUGUCAUCCUCUGCGGUUGCGCUCCACCAGCGGGUCCACACCGGCGAGCGGCCGUUCCCCUGCCAGGUGUGCGGGAAGCGCUUCCGUCAGAGCACGCACCUGCGGGAGCACAUGCGCGUCCACACGGGCGAGCGGCCGUUUCGCUGCGAAACCUGCGGGAAGGGCUUCAUCCAGAGCAUGCACCUCACCGAGCACCGCAGGACGCACACGGGCGAGCGGCCGCACGUGUGCCCGCUGUGCAGCAAAGCCUUCAAGACCUUCUCCAACCUGAGGAACCACAAGAAGACCCACGCGAGGCAGCAGAGGCUGGACGAGGAGGCCGCUGCCGCCGCGGAGGCCGGCUCUGCGGUGGCGGUGGUGGAUGCCUCCGUGGUGGACCUGGCCAACGGGCAAACCCAGCUCAUCCAGAUCCAGACCUCAGAUCUACAGCAGACACAAGGCACCCCCACCAUCAUGUGCAACGAGUUUGGAGAGACGAUCGCCAUCAUCGAGACGAGUGAGGGAGGGGCUCUGCCUCUGGAGCAGGCGCUGGAGAUCUAUCAGAGAGCUCUGGAGAACGGCCUGGCUGCGGACCCAACGGCGGACGGGCUGCAGCUGCUCUGAGUGAACCAAAACUGGAUCCCAUUCAACGUUAGUCCCAAUACUGGCUGAAAACUAUGACUAAUUCACUGCUGUGAAGGAAAAUGUGAUUAUUUAUCGCAACCAGAAGCUUCUGAACUCGACUAUAAGACCAAAGUUUGUCAGGUUUCCUCCUCUUUCCUCAUUUGAGGGGAUCACUGUUGAUACAUUUGGAAGUGAUGCCAACUAAAUUAAAGAUAUGACGAUAAAUUUAAAUAAGGACCAUUGUUUGUGCCUCUGAUUACAUUUAUAUUAUUUUUAUCACUAUUUCAUUGUAAAAUAAAUGUUUUUUCUUAAUGUUUCUCUGCAUUUUUCAACCAGACAGCUGUGUUUUAAAGUAUUUGGACAUAACUAAUGCUUAAAUAACCCUAUUGUACCACCUUAUGUUUUAAUCAAUUAGGACAUUUACCUGUUCUUCCUCCAUCUUGCCCUAUCUCCAGCUUCUACUCAUUUUCCUUUUUCCCCUCAAACUGAAAAUCCUGCAUAAAAUAAUAAAGAAACAUGCAUAGUUAGAAGGAUGUAAUAAUCCUGGCACUGGGAUCAAUAGGAAGGUCAAAUAGGUGUGAAAAUUUCCAGAUCCAGACUGAUGAGUUCAUCACAUUCAUUAGAAAAUCCAAAUAAUUUGCUACCCUUCUGCCAAAGACAGGACAGGGUAGCAAUUUGUCGUUAGUAUUAUAGGUAUUACAUUAUGUUGUACAGGUUUGGUUCAGUAUCAGUGGGACUAUUUGGAUAAAAUUAGACACUACUUUGAAAUUUAGUAAAACCUAGGCAAUAAAAACAUUGUGGUUUACAAAGUAUUGUUCAGUACAAUGGCUUUACCAUUCACUCAAUAUUAUGCCUGUAAUUUAAGACGUUUCUACAAAACAAAAAUAUUCUUGAGGGGAAACGUUAAAGAAUGAGCUCAGUGAUGCACCAAACUAAUUUCAGCCCUGUGGUAGUUAAAUAACAAUGCACUGAUUUUAUGCAAAAUUAGAAGACAAUGACUUAAAUGUACAAACAAAUUUGCAGAAAACAUUGCUUUGGUUAUAACAUACUGUAAGUUGUAGUUGAUCAUCUGUAUUUAAAAAAAAAAAAGUUCACCGUCACAUGAACUUAAUGUCAACUUCAAUGGACAUGAUUAGUUUCCAAACAUGACAAAUUCAUCUAUAUUUUAAGUUAUUUUAGUAUUUAAUUGUUAAUUAAAGUUAUGUCAUGUUAUAGAAAAGUGGAGUCAAAUCCACCAGGGUCGACGACCUGCAGCUUCUGGAUGCGUUCAAAGUCCAGUAUAACUUAAAGGGUUAAUUUCCUUCCUCAACCUGCAGUCAAUCUUUACAGCCCAUCUAACAACCUGAUUUUUUUUUUUUUUGAGCGGAGCAACUCGUAAAUGUUGCAGGACACCAGCCACUCAGGUGUGGCGUUUGACACUGCUGCUCUACAAAGGCCGACGAUGCGUUUACCAGGGAUAAACACUUGUUUUGUGAACUUACACUAGUUGGCCAGUAGGUGGCAGAGUGUGGAAUAACAUCAGAGCUCAAAGAAGACACUUCUGUGCAAACACACCUUUAGCACCCAUCCAGAUUCAGACCCUCAAUCAGUCAAUAAUUAAAGAUAGAAAUUUAAAUCUAAUUUAUACUUAUACAUUUCUCUCAGGGUAACAUAAUCAGAAUCAAAACAACAUUAAUAGUCAUAUUUAUUUUAUUUUUUUUGCCAUUUAAUGUUUUUUCUUCAGUAAUGAUAAAAGUCAACAUAUGCUCAAUGACAGAUUGUUUUUCCAUAUCAAUAAUGAGUCUACCGACUCUACAGUAAUUAUUUACAACACAACCAAGUCUUGCACAAAGACACAACCAGUAUUAUGUCCUACCAGCUCUCUUUGAUUUGUUCCCUCCCUUCACUUCCUCCAGUUUUUCUUCCUCCACCCUUCUAGAAAGGAGGUCAGGAGAGAGCAAUAAAGUGACAAAAGGAGGAAGGAGGGGAGGACAGAGGUGGAGGAAGGAGAAGUAUUAAGUGUUGAGACUAUAGAAACCUAGCGAGGAUAGUAAGAGGCAUACGGGGUCUUCUAAAAACAGACGACUUAUUACUGUUGAAAUGACAUAAAAAAGUCCACGCUGUGUUUGUAUUCCUGUUUGAAAUGAUUAAAAAGAAUUGCACCGCAGGUCCUUGCUGAGGUGAGAGGCCAGUCAAGGGAAGACUACAAUGGAGGAACUGUACAGGCGUGGAGCAGCAUGUCUCACCUGCCUCCAAAACUGUUAAAUUAAAAAAAGAAAAAGUUAAACCGAAGAGAAGAAGAAAGUUAACGUCAGCAGAAACUAAAGAAAAUUCUGCCAGAGAGAAAA